AUGAAGCUGACGCCGGAACUUGUCGCGCGUUCGCAAUCGACGCUCUCGCCGCUCAAGGAUCGCGAGGUGAGCCUUGAAAGAUGUCGUGCGGGCGAAGAAAUGUCGAAGCUCACUUCCUGGCUUGUCAGCUUGAUCUUCGGGGUCUCAAAAUCCCGGCUAUCGAUAAUCUUGGUGUGACUAGAGUGAGUGCAGAGGCCACAUGAUGGUGUGAUAGGACACAUUCGCUCAGACGCUGCUGCUCUCCUCUUGAUAGGAUCAGAAUGACUCGAUAGAUCUCACAGACAAUGAUAUACGUGCGCUGGGCAAUCUCCCAUCGCUACCUCGCCUCACUCAGCUCGUACUCUCCAACAAUGUCAUCACCAGCAUUGCCCCAAAGAUCGCCAACGCAGCACCUGGCCUCAUCACCCUGGUCCUUACAAACAACCGCCUCGACGCCUUAGCAUCUCUUCAGCCGCUUGCAAGGUUUCCGCGACUAGAGUAUCUCACUUUGAUUGGAAAUCCUUGCACGCGCAAGCCGCACUAUAGGGAAUGGGUCAUAACGCGGUGUAGGCACGUGAGGGUACUGGAUUUCAAAAGGGUAAAGGAGAAGGUGAGUGCAUGCAACAUCCAGCUUCGCGCGCUUCGCGUCGGAUUCUGUACCUUAUGAACACGGCCGUCGUGCAAAAAACGUCGCCCUUACAGGAAAGGGCAUUGGCGAAAUCGCUCAUGGAGACGGAGGACGGCCGACCUUCGACUCUUGCUGCUUCCAUUGCUUCUUCAUCUAAGUUGGCGGUGCAGGCCACCGAUGCUGCAUCAGGCACCUUUGAACCAGGCUUUACCCAAAAACAGAAGGGUCAAGCAGGCAGAUUGAUGAGCGCAGAAGAGAGAAAAGCUUUGGAGGAAGCGAUAGACAGGGCUACUACUCUCGAAGAGGUCAAGAGGCUAGAGGAGCGCUUGCGGUUGGGCUAUACCAUUGAAGCUCCCAAACAGUCAUCUGCAGAUACAGAGAUAUGA